AUGCUGCAAAAUGUCGCCUCUGCGGUUACGAAGUGGGAGGUCUCUGAGAGCUGGAUUACUCAGUUUCUGCAUUGCCACGCCAACAAGCUUACCACCAAAUGGACCACCGGGAUGGAUCGUGAGCGCUUUUUAGCUGACAGCAAGCGCAAGUACGAGCUGUACUUCAAUCUAUUGCACUCCAAGAUGCGUGAGCACAGCGUUGAUGAGCGCAACACGUACAAUAUGGAUGAGAAAGGCUUCUUUGUCGGCAUCAACAGUCACACUAAAAGGAUAGUCUCUAAGGCAAUUUGGGAGUCAAAAGAGCGCACUGCAGCGCUCAGAGAUGGCAACAGAGAAUGGGUAACGCUGCUGGCUUGCCCGCUUGAUGUUGUCCUCUUUGCGCCGCUUUCAAGGCACUACACUAAGAAGCUCACCCACUACCUCCAACGAACCCAAGGCCUCACGAGGAUCACAAAACCCGACUUCUACAGCAACUUUUGGCCAGCAUGGAGCGCUACAAUGACCUCAGAGCUCAUAUUGAAGAGUUUUCAAGCUACAGGCGUGUGGCCGAUGGAUGCGGACGCUGUACUGAAACGCUUCAACAACCACCCACCACAACAAGACGAAGACGCAGAAAUUGGAGAGCAUGGCGACGGCGAUAGCUGGCCUGAGCUGCGCAAAAUUUUUGAUGCUGCAGUUGCUGACAAGGCCAGAAUUGAAGCCAAGCGGCUGUCGCGGAGCCUCCACUCGCUACAGCUCAACGUCAUCAAGAAGCGCCCAACGCAGCGGACAACACUGACUACACAAGACGGUGACGACUGGCACGGCGGGGCUGUCUUCUACAGUCCCAGGAAGCUUGCCCGCGACCGCGCGCGCAAAGCUGCAGAACUCGAUGAAGCCGCGCAGCUACAACUCCAAAAAUCUCGCGAUAGAAAGGCAAAGGUGGUAGCAACAGCUCACAAAAAGCAGCAGCAAGAGGAGGCAAAGUUCGCUCGACAGCGUGCUGCUGAGGAGCGUCGCGAGGCGAAGAAAGCACAAGCUGAAGUGCUGGCUGCCGAACGAGCGCUCAAAAAGCAGCAAAACGACGCUCCAAUCGCUCAAAAAUCUCACAAUACACUCAACAAGCCUGCGUCUCCCCCACCCAAAAUCACUGCGAGAGGCCGCAACUCGCGGUUACCAGCCAAAUAUAAAUAG